AUGCAGAUCAGCCAGCUGUACACCUACCCGAUCAAAUCCCUCCGCGGCGUCUCGCUUUCCGAAGCCAACCUCACCAGCACCGGAUUCCAAUAUGACCGUCGCUUCAUGCUCCUCAAGGUCAGGACGGCCGACGACGGCACAACCACCCUCAAGAACAUGCACGUCCCUCACUUCCCCGAGAUGUCUCUCUUCCUGACCGAGCUCGUCUUCCCAACUCCAACCAUCAAAUCUCGCGCCAAUCCCAAGGGCAUCGACGACGCCGACACAACCGGCAAAAUCAUUGUCACCUACAGGCCCCCCGGCGCCGACACGGCCGCGCGCACGCUCGAUGUGCCCCUGCAACCGGACGUCCGCGGCCUCGAGAAACUCAAAAUCACCAUGCACCAGAGUCCCACGACCGCGUACAACAUGGGCCCUGCUUACAAUGACUGGUUCAGUGCGUGUUUCGGGUACCCUGUCGUGCUGGCGUAUCUGGGACCGCACUCGCGGCGCGUGCUGGGCAGCUUCGCGCCGGGGAAGAGUCCCGCGCACCGCGCAACGUCCACGUCGCUGUUGGCGCCGGCGGUGUCGCUGCGGUCGGUCGCGGUGCUCGCGGGCGUGACCCUGGUGCUGAACGUCGUCGGCAGAAUGCCAUCGGAGAGUGUGGAGUCGCCCGCGGAGACGGCAUGGCGCCUGCUGCCGGGGAUCCUGGCGCCGAUGGCGGCACUACUCGUCUCGUGUCUGAUACUCCUGUUGGCGCGCGGCCGCGCAGACGAGAAAAUCACCUUUGCAGAUACGGCACCGUACAUGCUAACGUCGACGAGGUCGCUGGACGACGUGUCGGCAAGGCUGCCUGACGGCGAGGAAAUGGAUAUAACCAAGUUCCGGCCGAACAUUGUGGUCUCUGGGGCGGAGACGGCGUGGGAGGAGGACUUUUGGGCGGAGCUGACGGUGGGCGAGGAGAAUGUACGGCUGUUGCUUACGGCGAACUGUGUGCGGUGUCAGAGUAUUAAUGUCGACUAUGCGACGGGGUCCAUGGGCAAGGGGGAGUCGGGGAAUGUGCUGAAGAAACUGAUGAAGGAUCGACGGGUCGACCGCGGGAUGAAGUAUAGUCCGGUCUUUGGCCGGUAUGUGUUCCUGGAUCGGGGAUCGGAAAAUGCGCGCGUCCGCGUUGGCGAUGAGGUGGUUGUGUCGAGACGGGUGCAGGAGCGGAUGGUCUAUGAUUGGCCAGGUCUGACGACAUUGAAGUGA